UGUAUGAUAUAGCGUUAGGCGUAUCCUAUCUCCAUACAAGAAGAGGAGGAUAGGGCAAAAGUAAAUGAUUUUGGACUAGCCCGAAUACGGCCCAUGGCGAAUAUGCUAAUGCAUACCCAUUGUGGUACACCCAACUGGCAAGCUCCAGAAUAUUGGUCAACAACGCCAAGCUAUACAGAAAAGGUGGAUGUAUACGCUUGUGGGUUAAUCUUUUGGGAAAUUUUGACCUGGGGCGAAUAUGGAUACCCAUUCCAAGAUUUGACAGAACAUGCACUCUACAAAGCAGUAAAGGAGCAUCAUGUUCGCCCGCCCUUAGGAAAACUUAGCCAGAUCUAUCCUCAUCAAUUGCUACUGCUGAUAAUGGAAAUGUGGGAAGGUGAACCCACGCUGACCUUCCAUGAAUCAAGUAGUCGAUACCUUAUCAACCUAUUUGAAUUGAACACAGAUGAUUCUUCACACCCACCCCUCGGCCCAACCCAACAAAAGAAAAAAAGUAUACUGUAUCCCCCUUUCAACUGUAAAAGUGUUUUUUCCAUUUCUCUAUUUUUCUUUUCAUCUAUUUAAUCUUCAUGACAAAAAUGAGCAGCUAUAUAUGCAUCCAAACUCGUCUCUGCAUGAAAAUCUGUCCACUUCUUAGCCUCUGCAAUAAAAGCUGAUCUGUUUGAUUUGUAUACUUUGGCAACUUCUGCAUCCUGAGGUGAGUCCGGGUCAGGACUAUCUAAUAAUGCUUGUAUAGACAUGAGUGCGAUUCUUAAUGUCAUAGCAGGUGUCCAGUUAUUCUUCAACACAUCCUACA